AUCCAAACAUCACCUCAUCAACUCUACACUAAUACUCAAUCACUACAACUACCACUUCCACACUUCAACAACACCACCUUCAAACCAUCAACAUGAAGUUCACCGUCGCUGCCGCCGCUGCCUCCAUGGCCGCCAUCUCCUCCGCCCUUCCCCAGGCUCCUGCCUUCCCUCGCCCCGAGGCUGGCGACGUCUUCCGUCUAGUGUCUCUGGCCACCGGCACCGCCCUCCAGAAUGGCAACGUCCAAGCCAAAGAGGGUAGCCUCGUCAUCAACUCGCCCGACCAGACCAACAAGACCUGCGCCGUCAACGGCGACCGCGAGAACACCACCAGCGGCAUCGACUUCGCCUCCUUCACGCUCAACCAGGACGACGGCAGCGUCUAUAUCUACACCUUCAACCCCCCUCUCCAGCUGUAUGUCGACCGCAGCGGCAUGGGCAUGGGCAACGUCCGCUACUCCACCGGUGUCCAGCCCAUCGGCAAGAACCAGGAGCGCGGCCCCUUCAAGAUUGACGACAGGGGUGACCUCGUCUUCGCUGCUGGUGGCCUUACAGGCGACGUUGGCUUCCAGGCUUGCCCUGGCGCUGUUGGCGGAGGCUGGAAGAUCUGGCUCUCUGGUGUUGCCAAGCCUGCUGGUUCUGAGGGAUGCCUUCCCGUCACCUUGAGGGCGUCCAAGGAGGACGAGCCCAAGAAGUGCCUCUACUCCUCUGCUCCUGCUUAGAUGAUGAGCCGGUGAAGAUCUUUGGAGAGUGUAUAUAUUGAUAGUCUUGGAGACCGGACUUUGGCUUUCUAUUGUGCAUAUAAUAUCGCAUUUAAGCGUCUGCAUAGCUUUUUGUUUAUGAGCUGCUAGAAUUAGAAAUAACAACGUUUAUACGUACACUA